AUGAUAACAGAGAAAAAUGCCAACAUAACUACCGUUGAGGAGGAUACAAGAAACAAUCGUCUAAUUACAGCUGGUGGUGUAACUGGCAUUCAUGAUACUCUUGAGCCUGUGAUAGGAUAUGCUGCAGCACCUUCGUUACCACUUCAUGAAGCAUGCAUGCCAUUAUCCGAUAUUCUAUACAACCUAUCAUUCUACGUGGAAUUAGCACUCAGUGAAACAUCACAAGAGCCACCGGAUGGAUUAACUGUGGACGAGAGUGCUGCGAUUCGUCUUUAUACUAUUGAAUGGGAAAAACCUCAUCGAAGUCUCUAUUCAAUGCUUAAUUAUACUCUUAAAACUACUCUACGUGAAGAACUUCGACCUUAUUUCAAUUAUAUGAAGUUGUUCUUGACUGCUCUUGCCAAGUUACCCUGUAUUUCACCAUUAACAGUUUGGCGAGGUGUAGCAAAAGACUUAAGUUCUGAGUUUCCACCAGGCACCCUUGUAACAUGGUGGGCAUUUUCUUCGUGCACUCAGGCACUGUCUGUAUUGGAAAAUGAUAUGUAUCUAGGUUCUGAAGGUGAUAGAACUCUUUUCUCAGUUGAAGCAAUCAAUGGUCGAACGGUGCAAGCUCAUUCACACUUCGUUACAGAAGAUGAAAUUCUUCUUUUGCCUGGCACCCGCAUGAAAGUUCAAUCACAGUUUAGUCCUGCAGCUGGUCUUCAUAUUAUUCAUUUGAAGCAAAUAAAACCAACCGAAACUCUUCUCGAGCCCCCAUUUGAAGGAGCUCUCCUCUAUCCACCCGAGAACAAGAAAAUACCUUGGUACAAAAAGAAACGAACGCUAUUUGAAAUAGCUGUAAUUGUCAUAAUCUGCAUUGCUGGUAUGAUUGUUGGUGCAGUACUUGGUUCAAGACGACCACCACCACGUCCCUUAUGUUGGCCUUGGAAACCGAAUUUACUAAUGGAUUAUUUUUGGUCAUUUGAUUGUGAUGACGCUCGAGAGGAUUUGACUGGUUUAUACAAUGGUACAUUUGUAAAUGGUUACGAAAUCGUUUCACCUGACUUUUCUGGACAAGGCAAGGCGUUGUAUUUGGAUAGAAAACAAUAUCAAUACGUUAUUUUACCUCGUUCAUUAAAUCUAACACUCAAUACAAGCUUCACAGUGUCUGCUUGGUUAUUAGUAGCUGGUUAUGGUACGAAAACUAUUUUAAGUGAUUGUAAUAACUUUAAUUCAAUAUGUAUCAGCUUUAUCAUUACUGAUACAACUAUUAACAUUCAAGUUUCAAAUUGGGAUAAUGCAGCUUUACUACAGGAAAUCUCUGUUUCUGUCGUAGACUAUAUUUGUCAAUCUUGCUGGAUACAUGUAGCGUACUUAUUUGAUCAUCGUACUAGAUUAACUAUUUUCUAUUUCAAUGGUAUAGAAAUCGAUAGAAACUAUUUAAAUUUAACUUAUGAAAACUCAUCGCGAGUGAAUCAAACCAAAGUGUCCUAUAUAGGACUAAAUGCAGUCACAAAGGCGCAGCCAUUCUAUGGUUUGAUUGAUAGUUUAUGUCUUUUAUAUGCAGUGAAAAACGCUAGUGUCAUUCGUUAUGAAGCGACCAUAUUAUGUCAAUAUAGGUUCAAUAGCGACGAUAUCAAUGCUGGAUGGGGUCCGAAUAAUAUUCGAGCACGUAGUCAACAUGUCUAUCGAUCAUGGUGGAACAAUCAGAGUAGUCUUCUUUUCAAUGAUAGCGACUCUUAUUUUCAAUCGAGUGGAUUCACUCUGUUGCACUCAAAUGCGUAUGAAUAUUCGAUCGCUUUCGGGCUUCGUUUAAAAAUACAGAAGUCGGAGAAACCUAACAGUGCUAUAGCAGUGCUACAGCUAACAUCUUCGAUUCCAGCACUAUCAGCAGACAGUUAUACAUGUGUCAUGAGUAUACAUGUUUACCCAAAUAAUCAGACUCUGGGAUAUUUGUUUCCGAGUAUUUUCCAAAUACUCAAUGUUAGUGGUUCAUUCAUUGGAAAUAACACUUGGGUCCAUAUUGGUGUAGCAUACCAAAGUCCCGACACAUAUUUAUUAUAUCAAAACGGUGAGAUGAUUGCUAACUACACGCAUCGACGUUUCUCAUUGGCUAUAGCUGAUGAUCCACGAUUUUCUAUAACCAUCGGAGGUGCAUACUUGGCUGCUUCUGAUUCAAACUUACCUGAUAAUUUCGAACAAAUGAAAUGUUUUGCUAAAAUUCCAACUUUUAAUUAUACGAAGAUGUAUGGAGAAAUAGAUGAUUUAACAUUUUACUCAAGAGUGUUAGAUGCAUCGGAAUUUUCAAUGUUGGCUGAGACUCAUAUUGCAUAG